AUGGAGAUUAAUGGAAAUCCUCAGAUAUUACCCAAUAUCUCUCUGGGAUUCCACAUCUAUAACAGCCAUUUUGUUGCAAGUUGGACAUAUCUCGCCUCACUGGAGCUUCUCUCCACAUGGAGCAACUUUAUACCGAACUACAAGUGUGAUAAUAAAGAUAAUAUUGUUGCAGUCAUUGGGGGACCUGAUUCAGAUGUGAGUUUCUUUAUGGCAACUAUUCUGAACAAUUACAAGCUACCGCAGCUUGGAUAUGGUUCUUCUCCUGUGAUUAAUGGCCCAUCCCAACAAGCCUUCUUCCAAUGGAUGUUCCCUAAUAUUAACCAACAGUAUGUUGGUAUGCUCCAACUGCUUUUGCUUUUCACGUGGACUUGGAUUGGUGUCAUUUUUAUAGAGGAUGACAAUGGCCUCAGGUUUGUACAGAAAGAACUUCCAAAGUUUUCCCAAGAGGGUAUCUGCUUUGAUUUCAUAGAACCAUUGCCACCUCUAUAUUUUAAAACUGGCAUUCAUGAAAUGGUAGAGUCAUGGGUCAAACUGUACCUCUUGAUACAUGAUAGCAAAGUCAGUGUUGUAGUCUUGCAUGGGGAAAUUCAUACGAUGAUCGUUUUGAGAAUGUUUCCCAGAAUUCCAGAACUUGAAGACAUUCCUAGGAACACAAAUGGUAAACUCUGGAUGAUGACAGCCCAGAUGGAGUUCACCUCUAUUCCUUUUCAACGAUUAUGGGACAUAGAUAUCCUUCAUGGUUCCUUAGCCUUUGCAACUCAAUCCAAGGAGCUGGAAGGUUUCCACAGUUUCCUUUAUAUGAGAAACCCUUAUAAGGAAAUCGGAGAUGGUUUUAUUAAGGACUUUUGGAAACAGGUAUUUGAUUGUUCCUUUUCAUCUUCCUUGGAAGAGGGCAAUGUUUGGAAUCACUGCACUGGGAAGGAGAAACUGGAAGCUCUUCCUAGGUCUAUUUUUGAGAUGAGCACGUCCUCCCAUAGCUAUAGUGUCUACAAUGCAGCUUAUGCUGUGGCCUAUGCAUUGCAAUCUAUGAGGUCAUCAAUAUUGAAACACAGAAUUAUGUCAGAGGAAAGACAUAAGGACCUUCUGAAUCCAUUCCUGUGGCAGGCUCAGCCUCUCUCUUUGUGCAAUGAACCCUGCCAUAAAGGUCAGAGCAAGAGCAAGAAGGAAGGGAAGCCAUUUUGUUGUUACGAUUGCUUUCCAUGCCCAAAAGGAAAAGUUUCAAUCCAGAUGGAUAUGGAUUCUUGCUACCAAUGUCCAGGAGAUCACUAUCCCAGCAAAGCCCAGGAUCAGUGCAUUCCAAAAGAGAUCAGCUUCCUAUCUUUCCAUGAGCCUUUGGGGAUCACUUUGACUAUUUUUGCCCUUUUAUUUUCCUCUAUCACAGCCCUGAUCCUCGCAGUUUUCAUUCAGCACAAGGACACUCCCAUAGUGAAAGCCAACAACCGAGGCCUCAGCUAUACUCUCCUGGCCUCCCUUCUGCUUUCCUUUCUCUGCCCUUUGCUUUUCAUUGGUCACCCUCAGAGGGCAACCUGUCUCCUCCGCCAAACUGCUUUUGGUAUUAUCUUCUCUGUGGCAGUUUCUUGUGUGGUGGCCAAAACCCUCACUGUGGUUUUAGCUUUCAUGGCCACCAAGCCAAACUCUACCAUGAGGAAAUGGGUGGGGAAAAGGCUGACCCUCUUUAUGGUGCCUUCCUGCUCCCUUAUUCAAGCCAUUCUUUGCACUGUGUGGCUCAUGAGCUCUGCUCCCUUCCCAGAUCUUGACAUGGGCUCUCUGCCUACAGAAAUGGUCCUGGAAUGCAAUGAAGGCUCCACUGCCAUGUUCUACGCUGUCCUGGGUUUCAUUGGCCUCUUGGCCAUGAUCAGCUUUACAGUGGCUUUCCUUGGCAGGAACCUCCCAGACAGUUUCAACGAAGCCAAAUUUAUCACCCUCCGCAUGCUUCUCUUUUGCAGUGUCUGGAUCUCUUUUGUCCCAGCCUACCAGAGCACCAAAGGGAAAUACACGGUGGCUGUGGAGAUCUUCUCCAUCUUAGCCUCAAGUGCUGGAUUACUGACCCUCAUUUUCUCCCCCAAAGUUUACAUCAUCUUGAUAAGACCUGAGCUGAAUAACAGGCAACAACUCAUGCGAAAAAAACCCAUGAAAUGA